AUGCCAGUUUCUGCAUGGGGACAUGCAAUUUUGCAUGCAGCAGCUUUAAUUCGGUUGAGGCCCAUAGCCAACCAUCAAUAUUCCCCAUUACAACUUGUUUCUGGGAGCCAGCCCAAUAUCUCCCACCUUCGAACAUUUGGUUGUGCUGUUUAUGUGCCUAUUGCACCGCCACAACGAACAAAAAUGGGCCCUCAACGUCGAUUGGGAAUCUACAUUGGUUUUGAUUCACCAUCUAUUAUUCGGUAUUUAGAACCGAUGACGGGUGAUACCUUCACCGCACGGUUUGCAGAUUGCCAUUUUGAUGAGACAAUAUUCCCGCCGUUAGGGGGAGAUAAGACUAUUCCAAAUGAACGUCGUGAAUUAAUGUGGACUGUACCCACUAUAUCUCAUCUUGAUCCUCGUACUAAAGAAAGUGAAAUUGAAGUACGAAGGAUUCUGCACCUUCAAAAUAUUGCUAACACAAUGCCUGAUGCAUUCACUGACACACCAAAAGUGACAAGAUCACAUAUCCCAGCAAUAAAUGCACCGGCAAGAAUUAAUGUCCAAAUUGGACAAAAUAAUGUGGCGGCCAAUGAGCCAUCUGCUGCACGCCUGAAGCGUGGCAGACCUGUAGGUUCAAAAGAUUCAGUUCCUAGAAAGAGGAAAACAAAGGCACAUCUGAAUCCUAAUGAAAUAGCCCCUGAAGAGAAUAUUGGGCAAGACAUUAAUGUCCGAUCCACAAUUCAUGAUUCUGUGACUACAGAAGAGGAAAAUGACAUCAGUGAGACACCAGCCCAUGAAGAGGCUCAGGUACCUGAAAAUAAGGAAAUUUCCAUAAACUACGUGUACACCAAUGAGUUGUGGGAUCGUAGAGAUAUGAUUAUAGACAAUAUAUUCUCAUUCGCAGUAGCUACUGAAAUAAUAAAAGGCGAUGACACUGAACCUCGCUCUGUUAAUGAAUGUAGACAGAGACAUGACUGGCUCAAAUGGAAAGAUGCAAUCCAAACUGAAUUAAAUUCUCUAGAAAAAUGCAGUGUUUUCGGACCUGUUGUCCAAACACCACCCAAUGUCAAACCGGUUGGAUAUAAAUGGCAAUCUGGACGAAUGUGGUACAACCGCCUCAGUGAGUAUCUACUUAAGGAAGGAUAUGUCAAUGAUCCUAUAUGCCCUUGCGUGUUCAUUAAGAAAUCAAAUUCUGGUUUUGCAAUAGUCGCAGUUUAUGUCGAUGACAUGAAUCUGAUUGGAAGUUCUUCAGAACUUGAAAAAACUGCUGAAUAUUUAAAGAAAGAAUUUGAAAUGAAAGACCUUGGAAAAACAAGGUAUUGCCUUGGGCUGCAAAUUGAGCAUUUGGAUAAUGGGAUUCUUGUCCAUCAAUCUGCUUAUACAGAAAAAAUUCUGAAGAGAUUUGGUAUGGAAAAGGCUCACCUACUGAGUAUCCCAAUGGUUGUUCGGAGUCUUGACACUAUGAAAGAUCCAUUUCGUCCAAGACAAGAUGACGAAAUUAUCCUUGGUCCAGAAGUACCAUAUCUUAGUGCUAUUGGUGCCCUACUUUAUUUGGCACAAUGUACAAGACCAGACAUUGCAUUUGCAGUUAGUGUAUUGGCAAGAUAUAUCUCUACUCCAACAUCACGCCAUUGGAAAGGCAUAAAAGACAUUUUACGCUACCUUCGUGGUACAACAGAUAUGGGUUUAUUCUACACAAAUAAAUCUGUUGAUAAUCCCACGAUUGUUGGAUAUGCUGAUGCAGGAUAUCUCUCUGAUCCGCUUAGAGGUCGCUCUCAAAUAGGAUAUGUUUUUACUUGUGGAGACACAGCAAUUUCAUGGCGAUCAUCUAAGCAAACACUCGUGGCAACUUCCUCUAAUCAUUCAGAAAUAAUUGCUUUAUAUGAGGCUGACCGAGAAUGUUUUUGGUUAAGAUCCAUGAUUCGCCACAUUCGAAGCACCUGUGAUUUACCUUCAGUAACUGACAAACCAACAGUCAUGUAUGAAGACAAUACUGCUUGUAUUGCUCAGAUUAAAGAAGGAUUCAUCAAAGGUGACAAGACUAAGCAUAUCACGCCAAAGUUCUUUCACACUCAUGAGCUUCAAAAGAAUCAAGAAAUUGCAGUGAAGCAAAUUCGAUCCGACGAAAACUUGGCUGAUUUAUUCACCAAAUCUCUACCUAAGUGUACUUCCAGAAGUUAG